AAGGCACCGUAAGAUGUUCAACUCCAGCGCCAACUCCUCAGAUAACAACUGCAGCCACAGCAGAGUCAUCACCACCACAGUCAUCCCCCUGCUCUACUGCCUCAUCUUCACCGUGGGGCUGCUGCUGAACGCGGGGGCAGCAUGGAUCUUCUUCUACGUGUCCAGCCAGAAAAGCUUCAUCGUCUAUCUCAAGAACAUCGUUGUGGCUGACCUCCUCAUGAGCCUGACCUUCCCUUUCAAAAUCCUUGCCGACUCGGAGAUUGCCCCUCCCCAGCUCAACGCCUUCGUCUGCAGGUACUCUGCCGUCGUCUUCUACACCAACAUGUACAUCAGCAUCACCUUCUUCGGCCUCAUCGGCUUCGACAGGUACUACAAGAUCGUCAAGCCUCUGUUCACCUCCCUCGUCCACACGGUCAACUACAGCAAGGUGGUCUCCAUCAUCAUAUGGGUGUUGCUGCUGCUGCUGUCGCUCCCAAACAUGAUUUUAACCACCGAAACCACCGAGGAGAACUACUCCCAGAAAUGCAUCGGGCUGAAAAGCGAGCUGGGCAGGCAGUGGCACAAGGCGUCCAGCUACAUCUGCACCGGCAUCUUCUGGCUUGUCUUCCUCCUGCUGAUCAUCUUCUACACUUCCAUAUCCAAGAAGAUAUACAGCUCCUACAAGAAGUUCAGGAGGAACUCGGAUGUGGCCAAGAGGAAGAGCAGCCGCAACAUAUUCAGCAUCAUGUUCGUGUUCGUCACCUGCUUCGUGCCCUACCACCUCUGCAGGAUCCCCUACACCCUCAGCCAAACCAGCUCUCGCUUCACCUGCCAGGCCAGGACCACCCUGUUCUACGCCAAGGAGUUCACCCUCGUCCUGUGUGCUGCGAAUGUCUGCCUGGACCCUGUCAUUUAUUUCUUCCUCUGCCUGCCUUUUAAAGAAAAGCUCUACCAAAAACUGCACCUCGGGCUGAAAACACCAAGUGAGGCUGAAAUUUCUAAGUCCAGGAGGUCAAAUACCCUUGGGGAAAAUAUCAUAAUAUAGGUUUGGGCCUCUCAAAGGAUGCACCUUUCAGCAAGGGAUUUAAGAAUGGAGAUGUCCCAGAGGAGCUGAUGGGAACCAGCAAGGAAACAGGAGAAUGGCUUCAGCACGAAGCACCAAGUGAUGUUCCCUGUGUGAACUACAAUUGCAUGUUGUCCUGACACCUACCCUGUGCUUUUCCAGCUGAUGCUCUGUGCUGUGGUGCUUCUCUGCAUCCCAAAACACAAGAGGAGCAACUGGAAUGACCCAUCCUGGAGCUCCAGGCCGUGGGUCCCUGAAUGGAUUAUCCCACUGAGUCAGCAAUCAAAGCCAGGCACAACACUUCAUGAUCAGCAAACCAAGCCUGAAGGGCCUAGGAAUGACCACCUGGGCUGGUGCAGAGCCCUCAGCAGCCAUGGGAGCUGCACAAGGCAGCCCAUGGAGAGGUUUGAGACCCUCUGAGGGGGUCUGUCUAGCAGCAAACAAAGCCUGGUGAUGAAGGCAAGGGGCAGCUUAAGAAAAGACUCAAAGGAAACAAAACAACAACAAAACAAAACCAAACCAGAUCUGUCCAGCUCUAGGCAGCCCCCUGGUAAAACUGUCAUGUGCAUAUACAAGUAUUUUAUGUGUGUAUAUUUAUAUUCCAUAUAGGAGUUAAGGGAACCAUUCUGCCAAGCCAACUGUUAAACACCUCUGGAGAUGUCCAAGAACCAUCUGGAUGCGUUCCAGUGAGAUCUGCUCUAGGUGAUCCUGCUCUGGCAGGAAGGCUGGACCAGAUGAGCUUUCCAGGUCCCUUCCAGCCCCUCACAUUCUAUGAUCCUAUGACUGUUUGUCCCCCUGAGCCACCAAAUGUCAGAGCUCUUCUACAAAACUUGAUGCUCAAUGUAAGGAAGGCUUUAAAAGAGGCUGCUUCUGUAAGUCAGCACCACAGUAACCUGGCAUCACCUUCCCCAGGACCUUCCAGUGUGCACCCAACCUGCUCACACCAAUGACUGCCUCCUUGCUGCUGCUGCAGGAGCAAGAACACCCGAGGAGCUGUUUGAGAGCACACACCUAACAGCUGGCUAGAAACUCUGGGGUGCAUUUACACCCAGCAAGAACCACCUGUUGGUUUCCCCAUGCUUCUGGCCCCGUGGCAAAGCAUUUCUCUCUGUACAACACUCAUGGCUCCCAGCCUCCUAUGCAGAAAUACAACCUCUUUCCAACUCUCUUUCAGUGCAGAUUUUUCUCUUCCCCACCAAUUUCAUCACUCUCCAGGGAAAACACCAAGCACAGAAAGCACCACAGAAGCCUCUUUCCUUUCCUUGAACACAGCAGAGGCAGCAGCAUGUGUGCUUCACUUCUCUGCCACUGUGCUGAAAGUCUCUCAGGGGGAGAGAUUUUUGAAUGUAUGGCUUCUGAAGCUCUUCCAAGGCUGUGGGCAACUCCUCUUGGUCUGAAACCACUGCGUGA